UGCACGGUUGGAAAUCCAGUGGCGAAGCAAAAAUAAAAAAUAAUAAAAGAGAAACAAAGAAGAGGAAGGCAGAAGUAGCUGAAAGAAAAGCGACGACAACAACAAAAGCUGAUGAAUACGUGCGUUCGUGUGGGUGCCGUGCAUUCUGCGUACACAUUUACAAGCAUUCGUACGCUUAAAUUAAAUACUUUGGCUUAAUUAAAUACUUCCGCGGCGUCGUUGUCGUUGUUGUUGUUGAUAUUUUGCCUCUUCUUCACGCGUUGUCUACGGUUAUCGAUUGUCGCCGUCUCGCUUCCCCGUACGCAGCGAGUUGUUUGUUUGUUGUUUGUGUCUGUCGCUCUCACUCUCCCCGUCUCCCUGUCACACUCGCCGCCGUCGCGUUUUGUUUGUGUACUGAAAAGAGGCAGCAACAAAAUAAAAGCCAAAAGACUGCGAAUAAGCAUAAAUAAUAAACAACGAGACAAGUGCAAAAAGCGCAGCGAAAAGGCCAGCUGGUGAAUCCAACUCACAAGAACAUCCAGAGGAAACCGGAAAAUUUAUCACUCAAAUCACAAGUGCAAUAAAAAGUUGAAAGUGUUUUACACAGCGCCAAAGAAGGAAGUUGAAGCGAGGCGAAUAGUAAAUAAAUGAGAAGAAGAGCCCACAACAGCUACACCAUCAUAUAAACAACAACCCAAACAUCCCACAUUCAACACCAAUUACAAAGUAAACAUUUACAACUCAUUUCUCGCCCAGGAGAUUCGAGUGUGAUCCACACAAAAGUAGGAAAAGAGAGAAAAACAAGAAAAAUCUCGCGCGCGUUUUUAAAAGCGUUAGUAACCAGAUCUCGAACUUCGCGCGGCUUCGUCGCACGUCAAUUGAAUAUAUCUUUCGCGCAACCACUGGGCUAAGGCCUCAAAAAUCCGCCAAAAUUCUACACCAACAAACUUUAAUCAGCCCCGAGAUUUCGCUCCAGUUCGCAACGGCGACCACAAUGCCCUACAACGGCGCUAGUAAUGGCAGUGGCGCCAGUGGCGCCGGCGGAGGGGGGGCCACCAUAGUCGUCACCGAGGGGCCGCAGAACAAAAAGAUCCGCACCGGAGUCCAGCAGCCCGGGGAAAAUGAUGUGCACAUGCAUGCUAGGUCCACACAACAACAGAACCAGCAGCAAGCACUUAUGAACAAGUCAAAUGACGACCUACGGAGAAAGCGUCCAGAGACUACACGGCCAAAUCACAUUCUACUCUUCACCAUCAUAAAUCCCUUCUAUCCCAUCACAGUUGAUGUCUUGCACAAAAUCUGUCAUCCACAUGGCCAAGUGCUGCGCAUUGUCAUAUUCAAAAAGAAUGGGGUCCAGGCCAUGGUUGAGUUCGAUAAUCUGGAUGCGGCCACAAGGGCGCGCGAGAAUCUGAAUGGAGCCGACAUCUAUGCCGGAUGCUGCACCCUGAAAAUUGAUUAUGCCAAGCCGGAGAAAUUGAAUGUGUACAAGAACGAGCCCGAUACCAGCUGGGACUAUACGCUGAGCACAGGUGAGAUUCUACCAAUUAAGGAGAUUGGAAAUGGCCGCUCGCCAUUACUGCAGGAGCCUCUAUACGGUACACGACCUCAGCCCUACAGUAAGUCGCUGUUUUCUAUACCCGAAAAUGUUGUUAUGCUUGAGAGCCAGCCACCGCUAUUGGGACCCGGAGCCGCGUUCCCGCCAUUCGGAGCCCCAGAAUAUCAUCCCACCACGCCGGAGAACUGGAAGGGGGCCGCCAUCCAUCCCACUGGGCUGAUGAAGGAGCCCGCCGGUGUUGUGCCCGGACGCAAUGCUCCGGUGGCCUUCACACCGCAAGGACAGGCUCAGGGCGCCGUCAUGAUGGUCUACGGCCUGGACCACGACACUUCCAACACGGAUAAGCUCUUCAAUUUGGUUUGCCUGUACGGCAACGUGGCACGGAUCAAGUUCUUGAAGACCAAAGAGGGCACAGCCAUGGUGCAAAUGGGCGACGCGGUGGCCGUUGAGCGUUGCGUGCAGCACCUGAACAACAUUCCCGUGGGCACUGGUGGCAAGAUACAGAUCGCAUUCUCCAAGCAGAACUUCCUAUCCGAGGUGAUCAACCCGUUCUUGCUGCCCGAUCACUCGCCCAGCUUCAAGGAGUACACCGGCUCCAAGAACAAUCGUUUCCUAUCGCCGGCCCAGGCCAGCAAGAAUCGCAUUCAACCACCGAGCAAGAUUUUGCACUUUUUCAACACACCGCCCGGCUUGACCGAGGACCAACUGAUUGGAAUCUUCAACAUCAAGGAUGUGCCCGCCACCUCGGUGCGCCUGUUCCCCUUGAAGACCGAGCGCUCGUCGUCGGGACUGAUCGAAUUUUCCAAUAUCUCGCAGGCAGUGCUGGCCAUCAUGAAGUGCAACCAUCUGCCUAUUGAGGGUAAAGGCACCAAGUUCCCAUUCAUCAUGAAGCUGUGCUUUUCCUCAUCCAAGAGCAUGAACGGAGCCUGGAACAAUGCGACCAGCGAGGGCAUGAUCGAGAAGGAGAACGAGGGUGACACCAAGGUGGACAUCUACAAUUGAGAUUUGAUUACGAUUGUGUAAGCAAAAGCAAACAACAACCGGCUUAACUAGAACACAAUACAGAACAAAACUGGAAGAGAGGGAUAUUGGUCGCCAACAACUACAUGCAAAAGACAACAGCAACAGCAAAUGCAGCAACAAAUGUGCCACCAACUGCAACAACUGCAACAACUGCAACCACUGGAGCUUCAGCAAACGAUCGAUCCACCCACUUGAUGAUGGCUUACACAUUCGACAUGAAAAGCGGGAAUUUCAAAACAAAUUGAUUGCUAUAUCAACUAAACAAGAAACUAAACCAACAAAAUAUGAAUAAUGACAAUUGACAAAUGAAAUAUGAAAUGAAAAACACACAAGAAAAACUAAUUACAAUUAAUUCAAUUAGGCGCAAACGCAUGUAACUUUUCUACGAGCCAUUUGCAUAGAUUUACUGAAUUCCACCAUAUAUCAAUUCAGCUAAUUAGUAUGACAGCCUAUGUACGAUAUGGCCUCGUUCAAAAGCCACACACACUUGAUGCACAUUACAUUACAUUGAAUUACAUGCGUUUGCGUGGCAACCACAACAACAAAACAAGCAAAAAUAAUACACAAAAUUUGAAUUGUUAUUAUUGUUAAAAUGAAGCAUUAGGACUUUCUCACACAACAGCAAAGAAGAAAAUGGAAUCACUCCAACCAAUUGUAAACUAUGUAAUGUUUAAUUGAUAAAAAACGACAAACUAAACCAAAAAUAAAUAAUUGUAAUUUAAAACACGAAA